AUGGCUGAUGAGGACUCAUCCGACUUCACCUUCUGCAAGGUUAGUUCUGCAGAAAAUGACGGUCAACCAGAAUCUCCUAAAGCCAUUCCUGUAGAAAGUAUGACACUCGAGGAUGUUCGUGUUGAUAGUGCAAAUACUUCAAAGAACAAUGGCGUGGAAACUGUUGACUCAGAAAAAGAUAGGUCUGGUAACAAUGUCAGUGUUUCAACAAAAGACAAUAACAUGAAAGCACCAGUUACACAGACAAGUGGUGGAGCAGAAUCAAAUGUGCCAUUACAGGCAAAGCGUUCAUCGAAGAAACCCGCAGCACGGGCAAAGGUUCCUUUUGAGAAAGGCUAUAGUCAAAUGGAUUGGCUAAAGCUGACACAAACACAUCCUGAUCUAGCUGGGCUUAAGGGGCAGUCAAACCGAAGGUUAAUUUCUUUGGAAGAGGUUAAGCAGCACAAAGCAGGAGAUUGUAUUUGGACAGUUCUCAAAGGCCGCGUGUACAACAUUGCUCCAUACAUGAAAUUUCAUCCUGGAGGUGUUGAUAUGCUUAUGAAAGCCGCUGGGAAAGACUGCACUGCUUUGUUCAAGUUCCUCUUGGAGAAGUGCCUUGUUGGAUUCCUUGAUCCCAACGAGUAG